UAAAUGGCGUCGGUGGCGGGAAGAUUGAGUUUGUCGUCCUUCGAGCCUUCGGGGCGAUGAGUAGUGACUUCCAUAGGGCCGAGUCUGGGACUGAGCUCCUUGCCCGACUUGAAGGUAGAAGUUCCUUGAAAGAAAUAGAACCAAAUCUGUUUGCUGAUGAAGAUUCACCUGUGCAUGGUCAUAUUGUUGAAUUUCAUGGUCCAGAAGGAACAGGAAAAACAGAAAUGCUUUACCAUUUAACAGCACGAUGUAUACUUCCAAAGUCAGAAGGUGGGCUGGAAGCAGAAGUCUCCUUCAUUGACACAGAUCACCAUUUUGAUAUGCUUCGUCUUGUCACAGUCCUUGAACAUAGACUGUCCGAAAGCUCUGAAGAAGUCAUAAAAUGCUGCCUUGGAAGAUUUUUUUUGGCAUACUGCAAUAGUAGCACACACUUACUUCUUACACUUUAUUCACUAGAAACCUUGUUUUGUAGUCACCCCUCUCUCUGCCUUUUGAUUGUGGAUAGCCUAUCAGCCUUCUACUGGAUAGACCGUGUCAAUGGAGGAGAGAGUGUUAACUUACAGGAGUCUACUCUAAAGAAAUGUUCUCAAUUCUUAGAGAAACUUGUAAAUGAGUAUCGCUUGGUUCUUGUUGCAACAACACAAACUUUAAUGCAGAAAACCUCUAACUCACCAGAAGGGCCUUCUGCCUUUAAACGCCCAUGUGAUAUGGAUAUAGACUACAGACCCUACCUCUGUAAGGCAUGGCAGCAAGUGGUAAAGCACAGAAUAUUUUUCUCCAAACAAGAUGACUCUAACAGCAGCAACCAAUUUUCAGUGGUUUCACGUCGUUUAAAAAGUAACAAUUUAGAAAAACACUCUUUUAUUAUUGGAGAGAGUGGGGUUGAGUUUUGUUGA